UUGGGAGGGCGCAGUUGCGACAGCGAUUACAAGGACAGUCAGCUGAGCUAAUUUCUGUGGCAAGCUGCUAUUUCUUCGUCUAAUUUUGCACUGCAUUUGGAUAAAUACAAGCUGGUGGAAAGAUGUCCGAUAGCUCAAGCGACACGGAGUCCUCUUGUGGAUGGACCCUCAUAAGCAACGAGGGUUCAGACAUUGAGACCCUGGGGUCGGAGAAUGGAGCGGAAGGAGGUUCUGACCCUGUUGAGAGCCCCCCUGUGCUGCAGGAGGAAGUGAUGCAGAACGAGCCAGAAACCCUCUGUGCUGGUGGUGAUGAAGAGAGGACUGAGCCAUCACUUGAACCCACUCAACAAGAAGAAAGCUUAGAAGAGAAGCUGGCUGUUCCUGAGGUCGGAGAAGAGGUGGUUGUAGACGAACACGCGACGCUGUGUUCCUCGAGUGACCACUCUGACAUUGUGACCCUGGAGCCCUCGAGGGUGGCGGAGCUGGGGCCCUGGGAGGAGCAGGCCAUUCUGGAGGAGGAGUCGCUGGCCAGCGAGGAGCUCUACCUGGGCACCUCCUCCAGCAGCCAGUACACCUUCAGCACUCCUGAGAAGACACGUCUGAUGAUGAGCCAUUGGAAGCUUCCGGAAGGUAUCAGGGACUUGGGCAAUCGUCUGAAAGGGCAUCUGACCGGCAGCCGCCCAUUCCCAGUUUUCCCAGCGGAGCCCCCUGCAGGAGGCUCCAGCAGCAGCGAGGAGGAGGCGGGGGAGCAGCCCAGCCCAGCCAUGAGGAGGCGGAGGGUGAGGAAGAGCGCGGCCUCCCCGCCCGAAGUGGAGGAGGUACGGCCUGCCGGAGAGGGGGAGGAGCAGCAGGAGCCGCAGGAGCAACAGGAGCCGCGGGGAGCCCCUCCCCAGGGCCACGUCAACGGCACUCUCAACAAGUGCAUCCUGCUGGCCCUGGUCGUCGCCAUCAGCAUGGGCUUUGGGCAUUUCUACGGUAAAUUUGAAGGUACGGUGCAGAUUCAGGAGAGGCAGAAGAUGGUGGAGAAAAUGCGCGUGAGCGAGCUGAGUGAUCUGAGAGGGGCCCCGCAGCACUGUCAGAGCCAGCAGGACGUCAGCGUUGAGAGCAAGGAAGUGGUUCAGCAUCUGAGAGAGGACCUAGAGGACAAGCGUGGUAUGGUGCUCUCCUGCACUGGGAUUAUGGAUAAGAUAACUAAAGAGAACGAGCAGCUCAGAUUCAUACAGGCUGAGCUACAGGCACAGAAAGAUGACCUUGCCUUACGCUUGAAGCAGACCAUGGAGAAGAGGAAGGAGGUGGAGUCUCAGCAGAAGCGCCUGGUCACGGAGAACCAGCAGCUGAAGAGCUCGCUGGAGCGCGAGGAGGAGUCCCUGUCCACCCUGCAGGAGGAGCUGCGCAACCUCCGUGCGCAGAUCCGGAACCUGGAGGAGAGGGGCGCCGGGGCCGACUCCAUCCUGUCGGAGAACCAGCGGCUGAAGGACCACCUGGAGGAGGAGAAGCAGCGUAUCCGCAGCUUCCUGCGGCAGAAGGAGACGCUGAUGGCCGAGGCACAGAUGCUGCGGCGGGAGCUGGACAAGGAGCGACGCGUGACGGACAAGCUGAAGGAGGAGCUGGAGCAGCUGAGCCUCCGCAGGACCGCCGCCGCCGGGGAGGCCGACCCGGAGACCGUGGAGCUGCAGGCGCGGCUGACGGAGCUGGAGAAGAAGCUCAACUUCGAGCAGCAGCGCUCGGACCUCUGGGAGAGGCUCUACGUGGAGACCAAGGAGGAGAGGGUGAAGGGAGACCAGCAGCCCAGGGACAAGAAGCCCAAGGACAGCGUGAUCGGCAAGGUGACGGAGACCUUCGACGCCAUGAAGAACUCCACCAAGGAGUUCGUGCACCACCACAAGGAGCAGAUCAAGAAGGCCAAGGAGGCCGUGAAGGAGAACCUCAGGAAGUUCUCCGACUCCGUCAAAUCCACCUUCCGCCACUUUAAGGACUCCGCCUCGCGCGCGCUGGACAAGUCCCGCCGGCCUCAGGAGAGGAGGUUCCAGGAGUGGAAGGAGGCCAAGGCUGAACGUCACGAGCGCCAGCAGGAGCAGUCGAGAGAACACAGAGACAAGACCGCAGAAGGUCCGGCCUGGCAGCAGAAGCCCCACAAGCCACAGCAUCAGCACCCAAGGAAGUCCACUGCCGACACCUUUCAGGCUGACAGCAACACACGGAAACCAGGGGCCAAAGUCCACAAGAAUCAGGAAGCGGAGGGACACAGAGGGGUGCCCAAAGGAUGCUCCGGGGUGUUUGAUUGUGCCUACCAGGAGUCCAUGAGCCUCUUCAACAAGGCUCUGGACCCCAUCCGGGUGGACGAGUUCAACCAGCUGAUCCACAGCUACCUCCAGCAGGAGGUGAACCAUUUCCACCACUGGAGAGAGCUAGAGAGCUUUAUCAACAGCUUCUUCCACAAUGGCGUCUUCAUCCACGAUCAGAUGCUGUUCACAGACUUUGUCAGUGGUGUGGAAGACUACCUGGAGGACAUGGAUGAGUACCAGCUUCACGAUGACGAUGUGUUCGAGGAUCUUGACGAGUAUGUCUACAGGCACUUCUUUGGAGAUACCUAUGCAAAACGCUAUGGGCCAAGUAGACCCUUUCAAGGGCCUGUUUCAAAAAGUAAAGAGGGCAGCCAGCUGGGGCACCAGCGAAAGCACCAGCGAGCUCAUCAUCGCCCCCAGAGAGAGAAGAAGUGGAGCAGGCCAGGACGUACAACUGGGAGACACAUUGCAAACGUCAAAAUAGAGCUGGGUCCUUUGCCUUUUGAUCCGAAAUAUUAACACAAUCCUAGUUAAUUAGUCUGUUUUUAUGAUGGCUUAAAUUGGAGUGAUAUACUAGCUGCAAUGCAUAUUAUGGAUGUAUUUGAUGAGUUUUCCUUUUUGUGAUUUUUUGCACAAUAUUUUCCUUUUAAAAUACAUUUUUCAAAUUCUUCUCUUGAUGCUGACUGAAUGGUUUCUAGCUUUCCUGUUGUGCAAUAUGUCAUUAUUAGGUCAGCCUGGCACUUGUAAUGCGUCUUUCUUAUUGUCGUGUUAAACACAAAAAAAGCAAAAGGAUGCAAUAUUGUUGUAAAUUAUUGACAAAAAAUAUUAAUGUAUUUUCAUUUGCCUUGUGGGGAAUAGUAGUGAAGUCUGUGAUGAUGAAAAAAAGUUUUAUCUUGUUGUUGCGAUUAGCCACUUGCUAGUUUAGCAUUUUCUGCAAGGGUCCGACAGUGCAAUGCUCUCAAAUCUCCCUACCCAAUUGUAAGGUUCUACUGCAAAUUGUUAUUGAACUGAGCAGCAUUUUUUUUACUGUGUAAAUGUAUUCUGCCAGGAAGCAAACAUUUUGAGUUACACUUAUGAACAAGUAGUAUGGUGUCAUUAUCAGGACAUUUUACCCCAAUAUAUGUUAAACCAAGCAACUAAGAACUAGGACAUUUGCAGCCUAGUACCAGACGAUAUUAGCGAAGGACCAAAAGGUUUAUCCAGUUCAAUUCUGCUGUGUGAGAUACGAUGUAUUCAGUUGACGUUAUUGAUUUUUCAAUUAGCUUCAAUGGAAAUUGAUCAAAAAUUAAAUAUUUAGCUCACAUACAGUUCUUGUGCCAAUAUGUGAGAGGUUAAUUCUAUCAAAUGCUUUGUGUGUACUAAUGGUGUGUUGCUAUUACAAUUUAACAGCUGUGCAUAUGGGAUUGAAAAGGAUGUAGUAAUUUACCUCCAAAGUGCAAUGUUUGGUUAUGCCAUUGAUUUUUCCCUUAACAUUCCAAUUGUGACUGGUCUUCCUGAAGCAGACAGAUUUUUCCUUAUUUUCUGCAGUUAUGUUGUUGGAAGAGUGCAAUUCACAGUAGUUCCCUAAUAAAAAGAUGAGUUUCUCUGUUGUGG